CUGAGGUUUGAAGAGAUAGGAUCCAGGUUUGCUGCUUAGUGUUGGAAGGCUGAGAGAGAGGAUUAUACAUGUCUAUCGUUGCUUUGUGACGAUGUGGUGGGUGUCUAUGGUGUGUAUAGUGCUAGUGGCGGGCAGGGGAGUGAGCCAGAGCACAGAACACCAUCACUCUAGAGCGUAUGAGACAACAAAAUUGCUCUCCAGUCUGAAUGAUUACAAGAUAGUAGUUCCACAACGAAUUAAUGAAAAUGGCGACUUCUCACAUCAUAAACAUCAUUUUCAAAAACGGAGUAUACCUCAAAGUCCAUUUGAUGCAUUUGAACACGUGGAAAAUGAUUUUCACAAAGUGGAGUAUAACAUCAGUAUGGGAAAUGAAACUUGGAACCUCAAGUUAAAACCAUUCAAGGAGUUUAUCACAGCAAAUGUGGCCAUGCAAAAAUUGGAGAAUAAUGGAGAAACUGUACUGGAAUACCCAAAUGAGGAUACUUCAGGGGUGUUGCAUUGUUACUAUGAAGGACAUGUAAAUGGUGAUCUGGAGUCACAAGUAACACUCAGUAUAUGUCACAGCUUGUUUGGUCGGAUAUUUUACAAAGGUCAAGAUUAUUUCAUAGAGCCUCACCAUGGCGACAAUACUUCAGAGCCUACAGAGCGUAAACAGCAUGUAUUAUAUCAACAUCAGGAUCGUCAUGGUCACCAUCCUUCCCAACACUGUGGAACAGAAAGUGCAGCCAAUGCCAAACAUGAUAGUAUUUAUAAAAGACUGAAUUCUACCUUGAAAGACAUUAACAAACACUCAAAAUCCUAUCCACAUUUACGUCGCAAAAGGUCCGCAUCUCAUGAGCGAAAUGUAGAAGUAUUUGUUGUAGCUGAUAGAAAAAUGGUAGCUUACCAUGGAGAUGAUCUUCAGCAUUAUGUAUUUACUCUUAUGGCUAUAGUGACCAGUAUAUAUAGGCAUAGCUCCAUAGGCAAUUUAGUUAAUAUUGUAGUAGUCAAAUAUAUGCAGCUUGAAAAUAAGGAUGAUCCAAAAAUCUCAACGGAUGCAACUUCCACCCUUGAGUCAUUUUGCUUGUGGCAGCAAGCUAUGAAUGACGCAGAUGAUGAUAGUCCCUAUCACCACGACACAGCUGUUCUCAUCACUAGAGAAGAUAUAUGUAGAUCUGUCCGGAAGUGUGACACAUUAGGCCUGGCUGAACUGGCCACUAUGUGUGACAACUAUAGGAGUUGCUCCAUCAACGAAGACAAUGGUCUCAGUGCUUCCUUCACUAUAGCACAUGAACUUGGACAUGUGUUUGGCCUACCUCAUGAUGAUGACUAUAAAUGUACAAGUAAAUUUUCUGACCAGAAUGAUGGCAACUAUCAUGUGAUGGCCCCUACCUUGGACUACACCUCAGAACACUGGUCUUGGUCGAAGUGCAGCUCUACUUUACUCACUGAGUUCCUCGAUGCCGGGUAUGGUGAAUGCCUGCGUGACAAACCUAUGCAGAAAUAUUCUGAUACUCGCUUGAGGCACAAUCGUUACCACCACCGCGAGGUGAAGAACAAAUUACUUCAGUCUAGUCUGAGGAACAACAAGGUUAAGAUAGGAUAUUUCCAAGAGAGCAUAAAUGACAUUCCAGUACUAGAAGUGGGCCAGAACUUCAGUGUGGAUGAGCAGUGCGCUCUGAAGUUCGGCAAGGGAUCUGUUAUCUGCCCAUACGAUGUUCACUCUGCCCCCGAAUGCAAAAGACUUUGGUGUGUUAAAUCACAAACUGCAGGCUGCAGGACCCACCACAUGCCAUGGGCUGAUGGGACCAGCUGCACCUCCCUUGUUGGACAUAAUGGCAGGAAAAGGAGAUGUCCAGAUGGGAAGUGUUGGUGUCAAAAGGGGAGGUGUGAGGAGAAAAGGAUUGUAUGGUCUACACGACCAGUAGAUGGCAGUUGGGGAAAGUGGGCACAUUACGGGGCGUGUUCAAGGUCAUGUGGGGGUGGCGUAAUGAUGGCAAAGCGAGAAUGUAACAACCCACCUCCCUCAAAUGGCGGCAAAUUUUGCACUGGAAAACGAGUAAGGCACAAGGCUUGUAACUACAAAAAUAAGCCUUGUCCUUUGGGGUCUAACUUCAGGGCAGAGCAAUGUGCUGCGUUUAACAACCAAACUUUCAAUGACAACACACUUCCCCCUAAUGUGCAGUGGGUGCCAAAAUAUUCAGGGAUCAAGCUGGAGGAUCGUUGCAAACUUUACUGCCACGUGAAAUCUAGCACAAAGUAUGAUUUACUCAGGGACAAAGUAAAAGAUGGCACUAAAUGUCGCCCUGAUGCUUCAGAUAUCUGCAUCAAUGGCAAAUGUUAUCGAGCUGGAUGUGACAAUAAACUAGGCUCAUUCAAAAAGAACAACAAGUGUGGGGUGUGUGGAGGAGAUGAUUCAAUGUGCCGUACCAUUCGGGGACAAUACAACCAUCUGCGUAAUCAAGUCUAUGGUUACAAUGAGGUGCACAAGAUACCUGCCAGAGCCACAAGCAUUCAGAUAAGCCAGAAAUCCUACUUGGGCAACAGUUUUAAAGAUGACAAUUAUCUAGCUCUUAAGAAUGGGCGUACUGGAGAAUGUAUCUUGAACUGCCACUUUGUUGUGAGCAUACACCCGAAGGAAAUCAAACUUGGGGAUGCCAAGCUACAAUACACAGGGACCAAAAGCCUGGUAGAGAGGAUACAAUGCAACAAGACCAUUGAAGAUGAACUUAUAAUUAUGGUAUUAGCAGUUGGUACAUUACAGCCACCCAACAUUCACUAUUCCUACAUAGUGGCUGACACACGUUACACACGAGCGUAUGCCUGGUACCAGUAUGGUCCAUGGGGCACCUGUAACCAAACAUGUCAAGGGAGAAGACAGAGGGAACCUAUAUGUAUUCGGACAACAAACAACAGAGACAGAGUGCAUGAUCAAAGAUGUGCAAACCUGAUCAAACCCAAACCAAUCAUACAGCCCUGCAACAUGGAUUGCCAAGUCAGAUGGAAGAUCAAAGAGGGAGCGUGUAGUGUGACAUGUGGCAAGGGGGUAAGACAACAACGGGCCCAGUGUGUCAGGGUCUCCCAGGGAGAGAGCUACAUCAGUGAUAAGGCAUGUGAACAAAUAGAGAAGAAACCUCCCAAUGUGGUAGAUUGUGAAGUCCCCUGUGUGCAGACCACAUGGGACUAUACACGAUGGUCCAAGUGUUCGCGUACAUGCAAUGGUGGUAUCCAAUACAGAGAGGCAAGGUGUAUGUACAAUAACUUCAAGAGAGUGCCUGACUAUCAAUGUAAGGGAGACAAAGAAGUGAGAAAACCCUGCAACCAACAGCCAUGUGGAGACUGGAGUACCACUGACUGGGGAAAAUGUUCUGUGACAUGUGGAGAUGGUAAACAACACAGGUUGGUGAAUUGUAAGUUUGGCUCUACCACCGUCAGUGAAAAGUAUUGUCAUGCUACUCCUAGACCUAGGAACACUAUGUACUGUACAAUGAUGCCAUGCCCUGAAUGGAAGCACGGAAAUUGGGGACCAUGUGACACGACAUGUGGUAGAGCAUCAAAGCGGAGAGCUGUGGGGUGUAGGGCUCCCAAUGGUACAGCGAUGCCACCCAAGAUGUGUGACCCACAACAACAACCCAAGCAUGUUACACAAUGUUACCUGGCAGAGUGCCCCAUCACCACACUAGCGCCACCUACCACUCGCCCAACCACAACAACGACAACUACUACAACAACAACUACGCCACCUAUGAGAGCAAGGUGGAGAUAUGGUGACUGGGCUGAGUGCUCUGUCACUUGUGGCAAUGGCGGUACUAGAAGACGCUAUGUUAUAUGUUGGAAUGACUUUGCAAAUGCAGCUACAGAUGACUGGUAUUGUCAACAUCUAGAACGCCCCAGUCAGACUGUUGAAUGUAACAUGAUGCCAUGCAGUCAUUGGAAAGAGGAAGCUUGGGGUGAUUGUUCCGUAUCAUGUGGUGAAGGUCACAUGACAAGGAAAGUGGAAUGUAUCAUGUUAGAUGGACAACGAGGCAAGGACAUUGAAUGCAAUGCUGCAAUUAGACCUUCCAGCACAAAGAUCUGCAACAGGCAAGAUUGUAUUUCCAUCAAUGACUUUUCCCGGGACUUUGACAUUAAGCCAAUUAAUAACAAUGUUGAGGGUACCAGGUACUGGAGAAUGGGACCUUGGAGCCAGUGUACUGAGACAUGUGGUGACGGCUGGCAGAGACGUAUCGUUGUGUGCCAAGAUGAGAAUAGAUACUACAGAGAGUCAUGUGACCCUAACCAUAAACCUCCUGAGAUGCGUAAAUGUCGUCUAAUGCUGUGCCCAAUGUGGUGGUACGGUGACUGGGGACAGUGCUCCAAGAGCUGUGACAAGGGCCACCAAGACCGACCCAUAGAGUGUAAACUACCGAAUGGUACCUCCAUUCCCACACAUCAUUGCGAUAAAAGAGAUAGACCUACUGGGAGACGAUACUGUGAGGUGAAGAAAUGCACCGAGGAAGAAAGAAGACGCGGUCGUUGGCGAAAGCAGCGUUGGUCAGCGUGCUCGGUGGAUUGUGGUAAGGGCAAGAAGUAUCGUCAGGUGAAAUGUGUUGAUAAAAAGGGGAACGAACUAAGUGCAGAUAAUUGUCCAGAGAAACGACCCAAGACGACGCGACGCUGCCGCGCUAGAGAGAAAUGCCCACAUUGGCACAUUGGGCAUUGGACGAAGUGUUCGGUGACAUGUGACACAGGGUCUAAGAUGCGUAGGGUCUUCUGUGUACAGGGAAAUUCCAAGCGACCAGACUCAGAUUGCCAUGACAAACACAAGCCUAAACCUCAAGUUAUUGACUCAUGUUGGUCCCAGAAUUGCACAGAAUACAUAUGGAAGAAGACAAAAUGGUCACAGUGUUCUCGAACAUGUGGUUUUGGGCGUAAACAGAGAGAUGUGCGCUGUUAUGAUGUUCUAACACAACAGGAAGUUAGUGGUGCUCUCUGUGAGGAGAAAGUGAAACCAAAGAGUUCCCGCAGAUGUAGCAGUAUGCCAUGCCCUUAUAAUUGGCAUACUUUGGAAUGGUCUAAGUGUUCCACAUCAUGUGACGAGGGGGUGAUGAAGCGUGUAGUGGAGUGCCGCGCGGUGACAAAGGAGGGCUGGAUAAUCCCAGGUCACAUUCCAGGGAAGUGUAUGGAUACAGAAAAACCUCCAACAGUGCGUUACUGUAACCUAGGAUAUUGUAACGCACUCUUUCACUGGCACAUGGCACCAUGGUCUCAGUGCUCUCAGACAUGUGGUGUAGGGCACCAGAGACGGCAUGUCACAUGUGUCGACUUGCAAGGCAAGAAACAUUCCAGACGCAACUGUGUACAGGCCAACAAGCCUAAAAAUUCCAGAACAUGUCAGUUAGCACCAUGCUAUGCCAAGACAUGCAAGGAAAUGAAAAGAAUCUCAGCCAUCAAGAUGGAUGGUGACUAUAAUCUAGUGGUCCAAGGGCAGUUUCUUAAGGUUUACUGCCAUGAGAUGAGACGAUCUCAUCCAAAAGAAUACCUCACCCUUUCUUCAGGGGAGACUGAAAAUUUUUCAGAGAUCUAUGAUAAAAGAUUAUUUGAGCCAAGUACUUGCCCAGACAAUGGCACUAGGAACGCAGCUUGCCAUUGUGCCAGAGAGAUCUACCAACAGUCAGGAUUCACAGCAUUCAACAAGAUUAGGAUAAAUAUUACCUCACUACAAGUCAUAGGUGAUGACUUUACAUUCAGCUAUAGUAAAGGUGCCAACCAGAUACCAUUUGGUACAGCAGGAGACUGCUAUAGUGAUCGGGAUUGUCCCCAGGGUCGUUUCCGUAUGAACCUGAUGGGCACAGGCCUCUAUGUGUCCAAGCAAACUGAUUGGGUGUCAGAGGGCCACAGUACAGUUCAAAGGAUAUACAAGUCAGAUCAAAACAACCGUAUAGAUGGCGUGUGUGGAGGGUUCUGUGGCACUUGUUCCCCAUACAAACAUAAAGGCAUUCAAUUACAGCUCAUGCCAGACUGACAGCAUUAGCACAUUCACUACAGCACCUGCCAAUAGGGCGGCGCCACCGCUUCCCGUCAUGAUUGCAUAUUUAGCGACAACUUCCAGUUGCGUUACCUCAAGAUAUGCAAAUAAUGGAAUUUCUUAGCCAGUAAAUAAAAACAGUUGAACGAGUUGAUAGAAAUUUAGGUCUGACCUUAUUGGCCAGUUUGACUAAUUGUCAAAAAAAUAUGACAUAUGGAAAACCAGACAUUAGAACAUUACAAAAUGACGAAUGCUGGUUUCUGUAUGGAGACCACUAACUAGCUGGUCUUAUUCAGGAUUCCAUUCACAACACUGCCAUGUUGAGAAAGAGUUCUGUAACCAUAGCAACACAUAACACAUAUUGUUACUGAGGAGGUUUCUGUAACAUAGAAAUAAAUGACAACCCAGUUACAAUGGAAUUAACUAGCACUUUCACUGCCAGGCUAUUUAGCUGAAAGUAAUUUCUAUUCUUUUGGUAUUCUAUAUACAUGUAUACAUGAUUGUAUGUUCAUUGUUGUUAAUGUUUGUAUGUAUGUAAUGUACAUUGUUCUUGAUGUUUGUAAUAUGUACAUUGUUAUUAAUGUACAUUUUUACCGAGACACAUUAUUGUGUGAAUUGGACACACUACCACAAUAUUAGUGGACCAAUGUUUUUCAUACUGAGAUUUUUUAAAACUGAAAUUUAGAAGUUCUUAUUAAUGUAUUGGUGGUUUACUAAUGUCUGUUUGUAUUUAUUACGAAGGAUCUUUUAGAGAGUUCAACUUUAAAACGUCUCUCCCAGGUAUUACCAUGGAAACAGGAACAUGUGGCACAUCCAUUGUGGUAAUAAUUAUGACACAGCCACUGUGUCUCCAUGGCAAUACCUGGUGUGAGAUGAAUGAUCUGAAAUAUGUAUAUUAGCUGCCUUGUUAUAUAAGCUGCCUUGUUAUAUAAGCUGCCUUGUUAUUUAUUGCUGAGUAAGGUAUUCACAUUAACAGUUCAUCAAGUGUUUGGUACAAUCUUGCCGAGUUUGAGCAUAUUGAUGAAUGAUGAUGUUGUCAUACAAUCCAUCUUACAUUACAUUCUCCAGGUGCAACAUGAGUUGUUGAAUUUCUCAAACUUUGGAUCAGUACACUCAUUAGUUUAGUGUGUACACUCAUUAGUGUGAACACUCACUAGUGUAAAAACCAUUGACAGUUGGAAUAUCAUGGAAAAAUACUUUAUUAUUAUGUAGUUGAACUGACUGUUACCUCAAUCAGCCAUAUUACCAUGUGGUGGUUUGUCUUCCAUAUAUUGUCCCUUUCUAACUGAAUAUAUACUUACAUGUACCUCACUUUACUGUAGAUGCUGCCUUUUAAAAGUAUGGAGUAGUAGGGUGGAUGCAUUCUCUUGCCAGUGUUGCCUAUGUAACAUUAACCUCUUCAAUACCAGAGCAUAUUUCAUUUUCCAAGUUUUUGCCAUUUAACUAUCUUAAUACAAAAUGUUCAUUUUGAUGAUAUCAGUUACCGUAGACCAAUCAUAUUCACUUUAUUACAUAAUUUGUGCAAAUGCAUUUUGUUUUCCCAUUUGCAUUUAUGACCCAUUGUUUUGUUUUCAUUAUCCAAUGAAUGAACAGUAUGUUAAUACCAUGUAAAUCCGCAUUUGAAUUCUUGUUGUCAAGUGGAAAGAUUCAAGUCAUAUAUAGAUCAACUGAUUUUACAAAUAUCAUGCCUCAGUCUCUUAUAUUUCUAUGUUGGUACUGCAAGCCUAGGUAACUUUGUUUCUAUAGAAAUUACUACUCGUAGCAUAUAAAGUCUCAUAUUUCAGUUUUAUGAUCAUGACUUUGCACAUUGUCACCAUUAUUUUUUAUGUCACCUUGUAUGUUGGUAUCUGAUAUAUUGACACCAGUUUAUCCAUUGAUACUUCUAAUACUGACAUCAUUAGCUCAUCAAUGUAGAUUAUGUUGACACCAGCUACCUACAUUUUUGUUUUAAGAUAAAUUAGAUAUUUGACAGGUUAAUAAACUUAAUAUGCUCAUAUAUGGAAUCAUUAUGUUUGCAGCUAUUUUUGGUAUAUAUAUUAUGUAACAUAUUCAUCAAGUAAUUUCAAGAUCUCGACUAAACUAACUGCUUAUGGAAUAUGAUUGAGAAAUGGCUGCACCUUCUAUGACAAAUUUUACAGUUACAGUAAAGAACUGUCAAGUGGAACAUUUUUGUAAGUGGAACACCUCUGUAAGU